AUGUCCUAUUUUAUAAUUGAUAACGAAACACUAGAAACAAAAAGGAUAUUUCAGUCUAAAUAUAAUCGGCCUGUUAACUUUGUUAUUGGGAGUAAUAAGCCUCAUCCCGUCAGCGUCAAUGAUUUAAACAAUGAAUCUGCAAGGUCGUCUGGCGAUGAAGUAGCUUCAUUUUACCGCAGCAUCAUUUCAAAACCGUCAACUGCAGGUAGCAGCUCUAAAGCAGCAUAUAACAAUGCUUCCAAUUCAUCACCUAGUACAACAAUAAAUAGAGAAUUUGAACAACAGGAGCGGACAUUAAGUAAUAAUGAAAGUAGUUUAUCAGAAAAGGCAGCGGUACCAUCAAAGACAGAUUUGUGGUUUUGUGAGUUUUGCGAUACGACACUCCCUUCUUCCGACUACAAACGACAUAUACAAGGAACUGCCCAUAUGGUCAGCAGCAGUAAACAGUAUCCUUCUGCUCCUGAUAUGCUAACGAUUGAUGCAGAAAAUGUCGGCUUCAAAAUGCUUCGAUCUCAGGGCUGGAAAUACGAAGAAGGUUUAGGAGCACAAGGACAAGGUAGACGACAUCCCAUUGCUACUGUUUUAAAGCAUGAUCGACUAGCCGUCGGACACAAAGAGACAGGCAAAAAACUGAUUACGCACAAACACAGUGAAAUUGAGCGAAAGGCUAUAUUACGGCAAUGUGUGCGUAAGGAACGGCAAAAGAAACCAGGCAAAAUGAUUGCAAGAACUGCAAAAGUGGAAUCAAAACAAAGGGUUGCCCUUUUACAUUACUUAAAAGAGUGA